CCUCCCUUCUCCUCCACCCGCCCCAGCACACGGUACAUCGUCUACCCCAUCCCUACACGCAAGACCUUGCUGCGAAGUGCGAGCCCUGUCGAUCAUCUGUUUCAGAUCGAUCAUGUUACGCCGGCGUUUUGUGAAUCUGGUAGCGCAGAAUUCCGACGGCGUUUAUUCGCUGCGCCGCAUCGAAGCGGCCAAGCAUCUUUUCUACCCGUCAAUAAAAGAAGCAGAAGAGUCAGCAAACGACGAGAAGAAGAAAUACAAGACCUUGCGGCGGCUGCCUGACCCGAUCACGAGCUUCGAUCCGUCCCCCGUCGGUGUGUUGUUUCCUGGCCUGGAAUGGUUCGAGCUCCUCGCACCCCGCAGCGGCGAGGGUCGGAUCGUCAACUCCAACAAGGCUGGCCACACCGCCAUGUUCGACGCCGACAAGUCUCUCUAUCUCGCGCUGCCCAACCUCUCCCAGGCCAAAGGCACGAGCCCAGUGAGCUUCUCCGUCACCCACCCAGGCAGCGGGCAGGAUAGCCUCUACGUCUUGCACAGGUAUCCUGGUCAAGCUGUUGCCCAGGCUCGGUUUGUACCCGACCGAAGCGAGCACCCCCGCUCCUGCUUCGAGGUUCUUGAGUACAAGGGCCUGUCCAAUGAUGGCAACGUCCCUAACAAGGGCUGGGAUUGGCGGCUUCUUCCUCCUCCUCCAUUUGUCCGUGAACCUGGAUACCAGCCCUCCAUGAUUAACUCCCACACAACAAUCAAGGACGCCAAUGGCUGUACCACUAUCUGCAUAUCGUCCGACAAGAUCGGCACCCACUGCUUUGACACGUGGUGCUUCGAUUCUACCCACCAUCUUAGGUGGAAGCACCUGGACGUGUGGAAGCAAGUUGGGGAGUGGGAACUGCCGUUCUAUGGGAGAGCCGAGCAUGUUCCCGAACUGGGCAUAUUGUUGGGCUUCACGGCCGGCAGAAAACCUCACCACCUAUGCGCUGUGGACCUCUCCACCAUGGACAUGGAUGGCCAAGCACCCACAUGGCAGCACGUCUGGGACAAUGCCACCCUGCCUGGCGAGAAGAAUUGGUACCCUCUGUUUUUCAGGCUCAUCAACAUGGGUGACAACAGGUUUUGCGUGGCCAAGCUCUUUGGAGAUGUUGAAAUGGGCAAGCAGUUUGCUGUUCUUACCGGCAUAGAGAUGGAGCGUGGCCAAGACGGCCUCCGGAUGGUCCAGCACAAGCGCACUCGUUACGUAUUCAAUCGCAUCGAUGUCAAGUGGGUGCUCUGAAUAAUCUUGUUUUGAUUCGAUUCCGAUUACUCUUGCAUCCUGGUCUAUUUCCUAUCUGUAAGAAAUUAUAAUAUUUGGUUGAACAAUUGUUUCUCUUUGAACUGUGAGUCGAGCAAUUAGGGUAGUCUAAUAUUUUGUUUCCUUAGCGAGCUGCUUGCAUCUGAAAACAUAAAUCUCAA